AUGCCCUCCACUGAGUCACGGCCCAGCGGAACCAACGCCGGGGGAUGCAUGCUGAAGGUGCUGUGUUGGCAGUGUGUGUGCUGGCUCUGUCCGUCCUUCCUCCUGCUCUCGCUACCCGAACACACACACGCAGCCCAGCCUCGCUGUGGCACUGAGCUGAUAGCCGACCUGGAGUUCGUCUGCGGAGACCGUGGCUUCUACCGGGGUCGGUCCGGGGGUCGGCGAGGCUUUGCACGGCCUCGAGGGAAGGGCAUCAUCGAUCAGUGCUGUGUGAAGGGGGGCUGUGACCUGCGGUACCUGGAGUCCUACUGCGCCAAGCCCAAACGCAGGCGCCGCCACAUAGCUGACGCGGCACAGCACGACAUGGAGCUGAUGUUCAGAGCCCUGUUUGUGAGGAGGUACGAGCAGCAGGCCCCACACACGGCCGACAGACACGAGGAGAGAGCGCAGUUCCUGAAGAGCCGCAGAGACUGGCGCAGACCGACGGAACAGCAACCUCCGUUACCCGAGCAACCGGCCACUGACGCUUCUUCACCACACAGUGGCAGCUCGACGACGGAGCGACGCCACAGCGGCGACCCACCCUUACAGCCCGACACACAGCCAACGGAAAGGACUCGUUUGCCUGCAUUUGGAUAGUGGACACUGUGGUCAACUUGUGCCGGUUCAAACAGACAUUUGGGGGAACAAGGGUUGAGCCCAUGUAUGCCAGGGCAGAAGGGCCUCAGGUGCACAUUGCGCGGGGCAGAGUGUGGGCAUACUGUAUGAUCAAAUAGAAUUGAGUGUGAGAGUUUGUGUGUGUGUGUGUGUGUGUGUGUGUGUGUGUGUGUGUGUGUUCUGCAUCUGUAACAUUUAUGUCCUUUUGUACAUUUAUUAUGAAUUGCGGACAUAAAUAAAGUAGUUAAAAUGGGUGAGCAUGUGCAUGUGCGUGUGCGUGUGUGUGUGUGUGUGUGUGUGUGCGUGUCAGUGUGUAAGUGAGUGAGUGAGAGUAGGAGUAUGGGUGUGACUCGUGUGAGUGUGUGUAAGUGAGUGAGUGAGUGUACGAGUAUGGGUGUGACUGCAUGGGAGUGUGUGUGUAUGUGUUCGUACAGUACAUGUGCGAGUGCAAAUGUGUGUGUGUGUGUGUGUGUGUGUGUGUGUGUGUGUGUGUGUAUGUGUGAGUGUGUGUGUGUGAUAUCUUCUGUUUCUGCUGCAGCUGGUCUGUUCUUUUCCCACCUCUUUGGAUUGUGUGUGAUCUGUUCCCUGGUCUUCAGGGCUGUGCCCCGUUGUCACACCAGAUAGAUAGCUGUCUGAGGGAACUGAGUCAGACUCAUAGACACUAUUUGUCAGAGCUAUUUGGCCAAAGGUAGGACCACUUACUGUAAAGGCAUUUGGCUGAGUGGACUCAUACAGAAACCAUCUACAGUAUAGAGUUAGAGGAAAACAACCUUGUGUCCUCACUUCCCGAGGAACAACUUCAAUCACAGUUGAUAAACAGUUGAUACAGUCCAUAUUCUAUAUCCAAUGUCUAAUGUCACACCUACAUGUUGGACAGCUUUAUCUGAAGCUGCUAUUAUCCUCUGGAUGCUGGUUUUUGUCUACUAUACUGGUGAUGCCUUUCUUCAGCUUCCCAUGUCUUGUCAUUUUUCAGGCACAUUUCCGCAUGGUACUGUGAAUACUGUGUUCUGUUGUUUACUAUGAGAGGUAUCCUUUGCCAGGCAGUCUUAGUUUUCACCAUCUGUGAUAAAAAAAUAAUAAUAACCCUAAUAAAAUGUUGUUUGUAAU